ACGCUCUUGGUUUUUGUCUCUCAUGGGAUUUUUCAUACUUCUGACUAAGCUUUGCGCAGCCAUUGGUCAGCCCACUUCCUGUGUGUGUGUGUGUGUGUGUGUGUGUGUGUGUGUGUGUGUGUUUCCUGACCCUUGUUGUAGUAGAAGUGCUUCUAGAAGGAAGGACAGUGUAUCCAACACACAGACUCCCACCACUUGCUGGCUUCCUGCCUCCCCAACCAGCUGCUCCGUCCCAUCCUUCCCCUCCUGCACUUCUUUGCAAUUUGCUUCAGUUCCUUCUCCUUUUUCCCGUCUCAGUGCAUUUUUUAUUUUUUUUUCCCCCCCCCUUGUCAUUUCGGGCUGAGCGAUGUGUUGUUCGGUGGGUUUUGCCAGAUCUCUGGGCCUAGCUUUGUUGCCCCUGGCCCUCUGCUGCGUGCUGGCCAACCUGCUGCUCUUGUUUCCAAUGGGAGAAAUGACCUACAUCCAGCAGGGCCGCCUGGCCAGCUACAUCUGGUACUUUGGUGGUCUGGGCGGUGGAGGACUGCUGAUGCUCAUUCCGGCAGUGACCUUCAUCUCGCUGGGAAAGUGCAGUUGUUGCUGGAAUGAGAGCUUGAUGAUGUGCGGGUCGGUGUUGGCUGCUGUGGUCGGCCUGGCAGGGUCCGGCUACUGCUUCGUCGUUUCCGGCUUCGCCUUGAUGCAGGGUCCGCAGUGUUUCACCUCUCUUGGGUGGUCGUACCCCUUCGCAGAUCAGGGGGGCAGGUACCUGCUGCAGCCAGAGAUGUGGUCUCUCUGCCUCCAGCCGCUCCGCAUCGUGGAGUGGAACGUGACUCUGCUCUGCGUGCUGUUGGGCCUGGCAGUGUUGGAGUUCGUCCUGUGCCUCCUUCAGCUGGGCAGCGGUGUGGUGAACGCCGUCUGUCGGCCUUGCUGCUAUAAGCAGGAGUACAGUUUGAACGCUUAGGCCCCUUCUACACCAAGCCGGCUGAAGCUCCAAGUUUCCAGUGAUGGCCUCAACCCACCUCGUUACAGUACGUCGGGAGAGUGUGACACGUUCUCAAUUGCGCCCCUCUUCGCCGGGCAGAGUCCAAUAAGCACUCCUUAAUAAACUCUCCGUCCUUUUAAUUGACUGCAUGGCUGCCAGCUCCUCCGUGAUGUGAAAAUCUGCAGUUAUAUACAAGUAAGAAGAUGAGCAGCUCUCAUCCAAAGCCAGUGAAAAACAAUCAAAGUCGGCCGGUCUUUCAGCUGAAGCUCCAAGUUUCCAGUGAUGGCCUCAACCCACCUCGUUACAGUACGUCGGGAGAGAGUGACACGUUCUCAAAUGCGCCCCUCUUCGCCGGGCAGAGUCCAAUAAGCACUCCUUAAUAAACUCUCCGUCCUUUUAAUUGACUGCAUGGCUGCCACCUCCUCCGUGAUGUGAAAAUCUGCAGUUAUAUACAAGUAAGAAGAUGAGCAGCUGGGCGGUGUCACGUACAUCGCAGCUCUCAUCCAAAGCCAGCGAAAAACAGUCAAAGUCGCCCGGUCUUUCAGCUGAAGCUCCAAGUUUACAGUGAUGGCCUCAACCCACCUCGUUACAGUACGUCGGGAGAGUGUGACACGUUCUCAAUUGCGCCCCUCUUCGCCGGGCAGAGUCCAAUAAGCACUCCUUAAUAAACUCUCCGUCCUUUUAAUUGACUGCAUGGCUGCCGGCUCCUCCGUGAUGUGUAAAUCUGCAGUUAUAUACAAGUAAGAAGAUGAGCAGCUCUCAUCCAAAGCCAGCGAAAAACAGUCAAAGUCGGCCGGUCUUUCAGCUGAAGCUCCAAGUUUCCAGUGAUGGCCUCAACCCACCUCGUUACAGUACGUCGGGAGAGAGUGACACGUUUUCAAAUGCGCCCCUCUUCGCCGGGCAGAGUCCAAUAAGCACUCCUUAAUAAACUCUCCGUCCUUUUAAUUGACUGCAUGGCUGCCAGCUCCUCCGUGAUGUGAAAAUCUGCAGUUAUAUACAAGUAAGAAGAUGAGCAGCUCUCAUCCAAAGCCAGUGAAAAACCGUCAAAGUCGGCCGGUCUUUCAGCUGAAGCUCCAAGUUUCCAGUGAUGGCCUCAACCCACCUCGUUACAGUACGUCGGGAGAGUGUGACACGUUCUCAAUUGCGCCCCUCUUCGCCGGGCAGAGUCCAAAAAGCACUCCUUAAUAAACUCUUUGUCAGAAAACGCCUUACUUUUUCUGGCGAUUUUGUGAAAAAUGAAGAAAAUUGUCCUGACGGCUACAUAUCUGGGGGUGUUGACUUGGGUUCGCAGUUUUACAAUCAAUGCAUCAGCCUCCUUUGUGCGAUGUUCAUCAGACAGAUUAUGCUAUUUUUCCUCGUGCUUUGUCGUGUAGUGGCGAUCCCAACUAUAUUCUUUAAAGGGGAACAUUAUCAGCAGACCUAUGUAAGCGUCAAUAUAUACCUUGAUGCUGCAGAAAAAAGAGCGUCUAUUUUUUUAACCGAUUUCCGAACUCUAAAUGGGUGAAUUUCGGCGAAUGAAACGCCUUUCUGUUUAUCUCGCUGGAGGCGAUGACGUCAGAAUGUGACGUCGCCGAGGUAACACACCCACCAUUUUCAUUUUCAACACAUUACAAACACCGGGUCUCAGCUCUGUUAUUUUCCGUUUUUUCGACUAUUUUUUGGAACCUUGGAGACAUCAUGCCUCGUGGGUGUGUUGUCGGAGGGUGUAACAACACUAACAGGGAGGGAUUCAAGUUGCACCACUGGCCCGAAAAUGCCUAAGUGUCUUCCGCCAGACCCCCAUUGAAUGUGCUGGAGUGUCUCCAAAUUUGACCGGCGACGCUAAGACAGACAUGGCACAGAGAUGUAUGGAUAACCUGUAGAUGCAUUUGUAACGAUAAAGUCACAGUAAUCACAAAGGUGAGUUUUGUUGAUGUUGACUGCCAGCUAAUCGAUGCUAACAUGCUAUGCUAAUCGAUGCUAACAUGCUAUUUACCGGCGACGCUAAGACAGACAUGGCACAGAGAUGUAUGGAUAACCUGCAGAUGCAUUUGCGACGAUAGUCAACGAAAUCACAAAGGUGAGUUUUGUUGAUGUUGACUGCCAGCUAAUCGAUGCUAACAUGCUACGCUAAUCAAUGCUAACAUGUUAUUUACCGGCGGUGCUAAAGCAGACAUGGCACAGAGAUGUAUGGAUAACCUGUAGAUGCAUUUGUAACGAUAAAGUCACAGUAAUCACAAAGGUGAGUUUUGUUGAUGUUGACUGCCAGCUAAUCGAUGCUAACAUGCUAUGCUAAUCGAUGCUAACAUGCUAUUUACCGGCGACGCUAAGACAGACAUGGCACAGAGAUGUAUGGAUAACCUGCAGAUGCAUUUGCGACGAUAGUCAACGAAAUCACAAAGGUGAGUUUUGUUGAUGUUGACUGCCAGCUAAUCGAUGCUAACAUGCUAUGCUAAUCGAUGCUAACAUGCUAUUUACCGGCGACGCUAAGACAGACAUGGCACAUAGAUGUAUGGAUAACCUGCAGAUGCAUUUGCGACGAUAGUCAACGAAAUCACAAAGGUGAGUUUUGUUGAUGUUGACUGCCAGCUAAUCGAUGCUAACAUGCUAUGCUAAUCGAUGCUAACAUGCUAUUUACCGGCGACGCUAAGACAGACAUGGCACAGAGAUGUAUGGAUAACCUGCAGAUGCAUUUGCGACUAUAGUCAACGAAAUCACAAAGGUGAGUUUUGUUGAUGUUGACUGCCAGCUAAUCGAUGCUAACAUGCUAUGCUAAUCGAUGCUAACAUGCUAUUUACCGGCAGUGCUAAAGCAGACAUGGCACAUAGAUGUAUGGAUAACCUGCAGAUGCAUUUGUAACGAUAAAGUCCCAGUAAUCACAAAGGUGAGUUUUGUUGAUGUUGACUGCCAGCUAAUCGAUGCUAACAUGCUAUUUACCGGCGACGCUAAGACAGACAUGGCACAGAGAUGUAUGGAUAACCUGCAGAUGCAUUUGCGACUAUAGUCAACGAAAUCACAAAGGUGAGUUUUGUUGAUGUUGACUGCCAGCUAAUCGAUGCUAACAUGCUAUGCUAAUCGAUGCUAACAUGCUAUUUACCGGCGGUGCUAAAGCAGACAUGGCACAGAGAUGUAUGGAUAACCUGCAGAUGCAUUUGUAACGAUAAAGUCACAGUAAUCACAAAGGUGAGUUUUGUUGAUGUUGACUGCCAGCUAAUCGAUGCUAACAUGCUACGCUAAUCGAUGCUAACAUGCUAUUUACCGGCGACGCUAAGACAGACAUGGCACAGAGAUGUAUGGAUAACCUGCAGAUGCAUUUGUAACCAUUAAGUCAACGAAAUCACAAAGGUGAGUUUUGUUGAUGUUGACUGCCAGCUAAUCGAUGCUAACAUGCUAUGCUAAUCGAUGCUAACAUGCUAUUUACCGGCGACGCUAAGACAGACAUGGCACAGAGAUGUAUGGAUAACCUGCAGAUGCAUUUGCAAUAAUAAAUUCAACGAAAUCACAAAGGUGAGUUUUGUUGAUGUUGACUGCCAGCUAAUUGAUGCUAACAUGCUACGCUAAUCAAUGCUAACAUGUUAUUUACCGGCGGUGCUAAAGCAGACAUGGCACAGAGAUGUAUGGAUAACCUGUAGAUGCAUUUGUAACGAUAAAGUCACAGUAAUCACAAAGGUGAGUUUUGUUGAUGUUGACUGCCAGCUAAUCGAUGCUAACAUGCUAUGCUAAUCGAUGCUAACAUGCUAUUUACCGGCGACGCUAAGACAGACAUGGCACAGAGAUGUAUGGAUAACCUGCAGAUGCAUUUGCAACUAUAGUCAACGAAAUCACAAAGGUGAGUUUUGUUGAUGUUGACUGCCAGCUAAUCGAUGCUAACAUGCUAUGCUAAUCGAUGCUAACAUGCUAUUUACCGGCGGUGCUAAAGCAGACAUGGCACAGAGAUGUUUGGAUAACCUGCAGAUGCAUUUGUAACGAUAAAGUCACAGUAAUCACAAAGGUGAGUUUUGUUGAUGUUGACUGCCAGCUAAUCGAUGCUAACAUGCUACGCUAAUCGAUGCUAACAUGCUAUUUACCGGCGGUGCUAAAGCAGACAUGGCACAGAGAUGUAUGGAUAACCUGCAGAUGCAUUUGCCACUAUAUUACGUUUCCUUCCACCCACAUUUAAUGCGAAACAAACACUUACCAAUCGACGGAUUUAAGUUGCUCCAGUGUCACGAGAUGCGAAAGUCCUGAUCGUUUGGUCCGCACAUUUUACCGGCGAUGCUAAUGCAGCUAUUCGGCCAUGCUAUGGCUAUGAAUAGCGUCAAUAGCUAUUCCUUCAAUAGCUUCAGUUUCUUCUUCAAUACUUUCAUACUCCAAGCAUUCGUUUCAAUACAUGCGUAAUCUGUUGAAUCGCUUAAGUCGCUGAAAUCCGAGUUUGAAUCCGAGCUAAUGUCGCUAUAUCUUGCUGUGGUAUUCCCAUUGUUUGUUUACAUUGGCAGCACUGUGUGACGUCACAGGGAAAUGGAUAGUGCCAUCGCAAAUAGCGAAAAUCAAGCACUCUAAAGCUUUUUUUAGGGAUAUUCGGAGACCGGUAACAUUUUGAAAAAAAUUUCAAAAAAUACAACAAGCCUCUGGGAACUGAUUUUUAUUGUUUUGAACCCUUUUGAAAUUGUGAUAAUGUUCCCCUUUAAAAACUGCAACCUGUGUACCACAAAUUAAGCAGACGGCUUUACCUUGUCAUCAUCCUCAAAAAAAUACUUGGCAGUCCAUGUCUUGUUGAAAACACAUUGACUUUUCUUCUUUUAGCUUGAGCUGACAUCUUGGGGGUAGCCGGGCCUCACUUGUCGCUGUGCACCUUCACUCCCAGGUUACACAUGGACAUACGUCCAUAAAUGAAAACUUUUCAAAAUAAAAGCAGCACGGUUGUAUUGCGCACUCGACAUAACAUACUUUCUUCAAUUUAUUUUGUAAUUUAUGAUUGGCCUCACGCGGGCCGGACAAAGACGCAAAAAGGGCCGCAGAAUGGCCAGGUCUCCCUUAAACGAUGGUUUAGUGUGGCUGAAACGGGGCUUAGGUCAGAUAAUGACUCUUUUAAGGUGUUAUCCGGCUUAGUGUAGACAUAAACUUAACCACACUCGCACUCCACUUGCGGGUGACCAGGUGGACUACACACAGCACAACAACACAAACAUCCAAGUACACAAAAGCUCACCUCACAACACACACCUGCAUCAUUUACAGUUUGUCCAUUUUACAUUUUGUCUUGUGACAAUGUUUUGUUUAGUUAUGUUCUGUUUUGCUUAAGACUCCAUUGUUUCCUGUUUUUGCACUUCCUUGUUUGUUUUGUUUCCAUGACUACCCAUUAGUUUUCACCUGUCCUCAUGUCACGCACCUGUCUCACGUUUUGCACUCGCACACCUGUCACUAAUCAUGUCUAUUAUUUAGUUUCUGCCUUUGUGCAAGAUUUGUUUCAUUAGUCAAGUUUGUUCCCCGCCCUUGUGCGCGCCUUUUUUUUUUUCUUUUUUUUUUUUGUAGUUAUAGUGUUAAAAUAAAAUAUGUCUUUACCUUCACGCCUUGCCCGCUCCAACUUUCCUUUGCCUUCCGGAAAAACAAACCUCAAAGUCCACGUUCUGACACAUUUGCAGCAUGAAUCAAUGAAAUGGUGAAACACGACAACAAUGAAGAUGCAAUGACUUGGUUUAGAUUUCCGAUAAAGAAGCAAAAAUACAUCCUGUUUCUCUCUUUAUUCUUACAAUAAUGGGUUGUAUUUUUCACAAGACUGAAUAUAGAACGACUGCGGCCCUAAACCAUUUCUGGGUUUUAGUUUAAGUUUGACGUCAGUGUGCCGGAAGUAUUACUUCUUUCUACAACAUGAUUGUGUGUGUUUGUAUAUAUGUUAUUAUUUUUGGAAGUAUUAUUUCUGCAUUCCUCCCAAAACUGCUAGUAAAGUGUUUUUUUGUAUAUAUAUAUGUAAUUUAGUGACAUAUUUUUUUCUAUGAUGUUUGUUUGUGUUGCCUUGAAAUAAAGAAAUAUCGACAUUC